AUGGCCCCCUCAGACAAUACACAUGGCUCUCCGGCCUCGGAACAAGCCCCCGACCUGAGCAUCACUGCCGACGACAAUGUGCACCUCCACGCUGCCGGCUACAACGAGUCGCCCGAUCGCGGCCUCAUCCACAGCUUCGCACGCUUCCGCUCUUCGCCCCUCGACUUUCUACGCGAAGUCUCGCUCCACUUCUCAGGCACCGGGUGGCGAUCCUUUGACAAUCAUAUUGGCCAACCAGAGUUCUACCCUGGCUUCAGCGAGGAAAUGAAGGGGAGGGUGCUGAGUAGCCCCAUGCUCCUCGCCAAGAUCCGCGAGCUGGCCGACAAGAGAGUCGACGUUGAAGCCAACGAGGGCCUGUUGCCCAAUGACGAUCGGAAGAGCAGGAGAAGGGCUGAGAUAGAAGAGUCGCUGCUGCAAGUCAGCGAGGGCUGGACAGACUCGAUGAUUUGCAAAAUGGAAAGCAAAACCUUUAUACGAGGUGCAUACUACUUUGCGACGCAGCUCUUGACCAGAGCCUACCACCAAGGUGUCCACGUUUCGAGCGAAGAGGUCCUGCGCUUGCGUGCUGUGGCGGAAAAGGCGCAAAAGGAUAAGCACUCCAUCAUCUUCCUCCCGUGCCAUCGCUCGCAUGUCGACUACGUCUCCCUCCAGAUUAUUUGCUACAGGCUGGGUCUUGCGCUGCCAACUGUAGUGGCGGGCGACAAUCUCAACUUCCCCGUCGUGGGCUCUUUUCUCCAGCAUGCUGGCGCCAUGUGGAUACGACGGAGCUUUGGCGAUGAUCAAUUGUACAUCACGCUCGUUCAGGCCUACAUAGACACCCUGUUAAGAUGCGGCUACAACCUCGAGUGCUUUGUCGAGGGAGGCAGGAGUCGGACCGGCAAACUCCUGCCACCAAAAUUUGGCAUCUUGAGCUACAUGCUGGAUAGUGUGGCCAGUGGAAGAGUAGAUGAUGCCAUCAUCUGUCCAGUGUCAACACAGUACGACAAGGUCAUCGAAGUCGAUUCAUAUAUCAGCGAACUCUUGGGCCAACCCAAGCCCAAAGAAAAUCUAGUCGACUUUCUAUCUGCCUCGUCGGUUCUCUCUCUCAAACUUGGCCGCGUAGACGUCCGGUUCCACGAGCCCUGGUCUCUCAAAUCAUUCAUCACCCAGCAACGCGAACGCUUCUCCAAGCUCCCCCGACAGCUCAGCACCAAAGAAGAACGACUCCGCCUCCUCCACACACUGGGCUACAAGGUGCUAUCCGAGAUCAACGACGUCUCGGUCGUCAUGCCUACAGCCCUCGUCGGCACAGUGCUACUCACGCUUCGCGGCCGCGGCGUCGGCAAAACCGAACUCAUCCGCCGCGUAGAAUGGCUCAGCAACCGAGUGCGCGCCCAAGGCGGCCGCGUCGCCCACUUUGGCAAUCUCCCCACAAGCGUCGUCGUCGACCGCGCGCUCGAAGUCCUCGGUCCAGGCCUCGUAGGCCUUGUCCCGGGCCUCCCUGAAGACACCUUUUACGCCGUCGACCGGUUCCAGCUUUCCUUUUACCGCAACAUGACGAUCCACCUCUUCAUCCUGCAGAGCCUCGUCAGCGCCGCCCUCUACAUGCACGUCAAGCAAGGCGGCGGCCCAGAGUACCAGAGCAUGUCGUACACGCAUCUGCGCGCCCAAGUCCACUUUCUCUCCCAGCUGUUCCGCGGCGAAUUCAUCUUCCCGACCGAAGGUCUCGACACCAAUCUCGCAAAAACACUGCGCGGCCUCGAAAAAGACGACGUGAUUACCCUGACGCGCGCGGAAUCUCCAGCAAGCCAAGAAGGAGCAGGAGGAGGAGAAGAAGAAGAAGAAGAAGAAGAAGAAGAUGAAGACGACAAAUUCGAAUGGAUCCAACUCUCACCCACAGAACGUGCCCAAGGCCGCGAAAACUACGAUUUCUACUGCUUCCUCAUCUGGCCGUUUAUCGAAGCCGCGUGGCUUGGUGCGAUUAGCUUGAUGAUGCUUACACCACCACCACCACCACCGUCUUCCUCUUCUUCUUUUUCUUCUCCCAACAACAACAACAACACAUCACCACCCUGGCUCGACCUCAAAAAAACCCAAGACCACGCCCAGCUCCUAGGCAAAACCCUCUACCACCAAGGCGACCUGUCCUACUUCGAAGCCGUAAACAAGGAAACGCUCAAGAAUGCGUAUACGCGCUUUGAACAGGAGGGCAUGAUUGUCGUGGCCAAGAAGAGAGAUGCCAAGGGAAAAUCGGUGCCGUGUAUACGGCUGGCGGAGGGCUGGGUGCCAAGCCGUGGUGGUGGUGGUGGUGGUGGUGUGAGUGAGAGUGGAAAUGGAAAUAACACUGGAAUCAUACCCGACGGUCCUCUCUGGCGCUUCGCCGAACGCAUCAGCGCGAGUCGGCGCGAAGGCAAGAACCGGCGUGAUGGCGCGACGGUGCAGACGCGUGUCUUGAAACUAGUCGAUUUGGUUGGGAAACGGCUGUGGGAAGGUGCUGUGGCUGGGCAGGAUGGCCAUGAGGAAAAGGAGAGUGGUGCUGAUGGUGCUGGUGCUGGUGCUGCAGAGGGAGCGGGAGCGGGAGCGGGAGGAGACGAGGCCAAGGUGAAGAGUAUGCGGAAGAGGGGGAAUAUGGCUAGGCUUUGA